AAGCUGAAUUGUCAGUUGUUUGGUUUCGGUGUUUUCUGUCAGUGAUUUUUCGUUCGUUGGUUGUUCGUGUCGUCUUCUCGGGUGUGGAAAUGUCUAUCGAGGCCUAAGCUGUGAGGCAGUGUGUGAACGAUGAAAAGUAGCCCCACGCGCAAAUAUGAAAAUUUCUCCAACGACCAGCCUGGGAAGGAAACGGACAAGUAUUCUUUAGACAGCCAAGACACCGCCAGUGUGCAUUCCACGGAGGAGGGGGGCGGGGGGCGGCGUGGGUUGAUCGACGUGAGCGCAGGCGCAGGCGACAUGUGGAUCAGCGCCGUCGAGAGCUCCAUACUGGCCUGGGAGGAGGUGGCUGAACGUCUGAAAGUGGACGUUCGUCGCGGCCUCUCAUGGCGGGAAGCAAACGAUCGAAUGAAUUUUGUUGGCCCCAACGAAUUCCAAGUAAAGGAGCAGGAACCGCUAUGGAAGAAGUAUAUAGAACAGUUCCAGAAUCCGCUCAUCCUGCUGCUGCUUGGCUCAGCAGUGGUGAGCAUCUGCAUGCGGCAGUUCGACGAUGCCAUAUCAAUCACCGUGGCCAUCAUGAUAGUAGUGACCGUUGCCUUCGUCCAGGAGUAUCGCUCCGAAAAAUCUUUGGAGGAGCUGAACAAACUGGUGCCGCCAUCUUGCAACUGUCUCCGAGAAGGCAGCCUGGAGCACUUCUUAGCGAGAAACCUGGUGCCCGGUGAUAUAGUUCACCUCAAUGUCGGCGACCGAGUACCGGCCGACCUCAGGCUUUUUGACUCCACGGAUCUGGCCAUUGAUGAGUCCUCGUUCACUGGAGAGACGGAACCGGCCGUGAAAAGCGUUCUCCCUAAUAAAGCGGCUGCUGGAAGGGUGAAUAAGGAUAACAUUGCGUUCAUGGGGACCCUUGUCCGCUGUGGUAAUGCUAAGGGUAUUGUAGUAAGCACAGGCGAGCGAUCAGAAUUCGGAGACAUAUUCCGCAUGAUGCAAGCUGAGGAAGCUCCCAAGACCCCACUGCAGAAAUCCAUGGAUACCCUCGGAGCUCAGCUGUCCAUGUAUUCGUUCUGCAUCAUUGGCUUCAUCAUGGUAACUGGCUGGCUGCAAGGCAAGGCCCUGCAGGAGAUGUUUACCAUCAGCGUCAGUUUGGCUGUUGCUGCUAUUCCGGAAGGUCUGCCCAUCGUGGUGACGGUCACCUUGGCUCUGGGCGUAAUGCGCAUGGCCAAGAGGAAUGCCAUCGUUAAGAAGCUACCUACGGUGGAAACCCUCGGAUGUGUGAACGUGAUCUGCAGUGAUAAAACCGGAACCCUAACUAAGAAUGAGAUGACAGUGACAACAAUAUCGACGUCAGGCGGCCAUAUUGCCGAAGUCACCGGCACAGGCUACAAUGCAUGCGGUGACAUACAACUGCGAGCUUACAAGGGACGGGACUUGGAUGUAGCUCGGAUGGCUGUCAAUACUAUGCUAGAGGUGGGCGUUCUGUGUAAUAAUGCGACGAUUCGGGACGAUAUUUUGUAUGGACAGCCGACAGAGGGCGCGCUACUUGCUGUAGCACUUAAGAACGGUAUGCGUGAUGUCCGGGAUGAUUAUACAAGGCUACACGAGAUUCCGUUCAGUUCAGAAACUAAGAUGAUGGUUGUCAAAUGUGCGCCCAAGUUUGGAGACGCUAAACUAAAGGAAGAGGUGUUUGUGAAGGGUGCCAUCGAGAAGAUUUUGCCACUCUGCACCCAGUACAUUGAUAGUAGCGGCAACUACGCACCAAUGACUAAGGAGAAACAGAACGAUUUCCUCGGAGAAGCCUACAAUAUUGCUAGGAUGGGUCUCCGUAUAAUAGCGCUAUGCCGCGGGUCGCGCAUGGAGUCGCUGUCGUACACGGGCGUGUGCGGCGUGUGCGACCCGGCGCGCGAGGGCGUGCGCGACGCCGUGGCCACGCUCGCCCGCGCACACGUACACGUCAAGAUGCUCACCGGGGACGCCAGGCCCACCGCACUCGCUGUCGCUCAAAUGGUGGGUCUGGAUGUUCUGCAUUCACAGUCGCUGGCCGGAGACCAGUUGGAUGAAAUGUCUGAUGAAGAACUGGAUAGAAUAAUUGACAAUGUAAGCGUAUUCUACAGAGUGACACCGAAACAUAAGUUGGCUGUAGUCAAGUCACUGCAGCGAGUUGGAAAUAUUGUUGGCAUGACAGGUGAUGGCGUGAACGACGGUGUGGCUUUGAAGCGCGCGGACAUUGGUAUCGCGAUGGGUCGUAAUGGUACUGACGUAUGCAAGGAAGCUGCUGAUAUGAUCCUUGUUGAUGACGACUUUGGAACUAUCAUCUCUGCCAUUGAAGAAGGGAAAUGCAUCUUCUACAACAUCCGAAACUUCGUCCGCUUCCAGCUGUCGACAUCUAUAGCGGCUCUGUCCCUCAUCGCGCUCGCUACUCUCAUGGGUAUACCAAACCCGUUGAAUGCCAUGCAGAUUCUCUGGAUCAAUAUUAUUAUGGACGGUCCCCCGGCGCAGUCGCUGGGCGUGGAGCCGGUGGACCACUCUGUGCUGCGCGGUCGGCCGCGCGACACGUCGCGGCGCAUCAUCUCGCGCGCGCUGCUGCUCAACGUGCUGCUCGCCGCCGCCAUCAUCAUCGCCGGCACACUCUGGGUCUUCAACCGGGAGAUGUCGGACUCUCGGAUAACGCCCCGCGACACAACGAUGACGUUCACCUGCUUUGUCCUGUUCGACAUGUUUAACGCGCUCUCGUGUCGCUCGCAAACUAAGUCUGUCUUCGAAGUGGGACUGUUCUCCAACAAGAUGUUCCUGGUGGCAGUCACGCUCAGUCUCGUGGGACAGAUGCUCGUCAUCUACUUCCCGCCCUUGCAAAAGGUUUUCCAAACUGAAGCACUCACUGGACAUGAUUUAAUAUUCCUGGUAACCCUAACGUCAAGCGUGUUCAUAGUAAGCGAAAUUAAAAAGCUGAUUGAGCGAAGCUUGAAGAAGCGCGCCGCAGGUAAGUUCACGGGCAAGUCCCGGGACGCCAUGGACUUUGUAUGACACAAGCCGGACGGCAAGGCGCAGUAAGUGGGCCGACCGCUCGACGAAACACAUUGGGACUUAUAAACUUUCAAAAUUUGAGUGUCGCGGGAGUGAGUGAGUCGCGAGAGAGUGAGAAUGAGAUUGAGAUCGAAACUCAAGACCUCAAUCAACCACCCUUCUCCAUAUACGACGGAAAAAUCGAUAUUCCUAUGAGUUCCGUAUAGAAAUUACUGCAGUAUUUUUGUGUGAGGUUGACUUGUAAUGAAAUAAGUAUGUACUUUAUGUAAGUGGAAUUAGUGUAUAUUUUCGAAUGAUUAUUUUUUAUUCGCAAUACGAAUUGGACGUUUGUUUUUUUUUUUUAAGUCGAAAUGUGUCUGUCGUAUAUGUGAGUAAUGUGUACGUUUUUUAUGGUGUAGUUUGUAUGUAGACAAUUGUGGAUUCUAACAUUGCAGAGUUAUCCACUGACUUAUGUUUUUAGAAUGUUGUUAUUAUAUUAUCAAAUCUCAUUAGAUCGUUUAAAUAGUGUUAAGAGAUUCUGCAAUGUUAGAGUCAUUUAGUAAAGGGAGAAUAUCUCUUAACACCGUACUCAGAUAUGUUUAAUUGUUACUAUAAUAAUAAUUAUUAUUGUAACAAUGGAUAAGGAUUUAAGUAACCAUUAAAUGAAUCUGAGCACGGCGUUUCAUUAUGCAUUUAAAUUAUGACAUUUGACAUGAAAAUGAACAAUAGUGUGUAAUCAAUGUGACAGUGUUAAUACCAUUAUGAUGUCUUGAAAUUAUUCGCAAGAAUAUCUUUUAUAAAAUUAAUAAAAGUUUUCACUAAUAUGUGAAAGGAUUUAAAUGAUAAAAUGUUGAUAAAAACCACUACAAGUAUAUCAAUGAAAGCAUUCCUUUAUAUAAUACUAAGGCUGAGAAAAUUAG